AUGGGGUGCUCCGCCUCGCCAUGGGCACGAUGGGCGGCGAAGGUGCAGCACCGCUGCAAAACCUCGUCCUCCUCGACGUCGGCUACCAGAUCCCACCCACACAGCAGCCUUCGCUCCGGCACGGUGGAGUCGACACCCUUCCAUGUGAAGCCCAAAAUGAGUGUGCCUGUGUGGCAACCCAGCGCCAAGUACAUGAAGUACACGCCAGUCCGUUGGCUGUCGAACAACUUGUUCGCCAUUGCGACGUAUCAGCUGGCGCUCGAGGUAGGCUUCACAGUUAUCUUUGGCAGUUUUCUGUACGCAGACAAGAUCACGGCCCAAGGUGUGUGCGACGCGCUUGCGGCGUACCACUACCCCUUCGUUGACUGGAUCGACGUCGAGGGCGGUGUGUACACGGAGCCAGUGUGUGUGGGGCCUUUCACGCUAAACGCACAGAAGAUGACGGCGCUGCACACGGGCCACAAUAUCGCCAGCGGUAUCCUGCCGGUGCAGGUGCUGCUGCUCGUGACAACGUUUGUGCCGGUGCAGCAUGCCUACCGGCUCUUGCGACACGCAGCACCGGCCACAGCCAGUGCGUCGCACCCCGCUAGUGGUGUCGGAGGUGUCAAUGCCGCUGCAGCAGCUGCGGCACCUACGGCGUCACCCACCUCCGUGUCGACAGGGGCACGACGUGCGUCGUAUGCGCGCGCCACCAACGCAAAGAAGGCCUCGCCGGCGUGGCCCUAUUGA